CUCGUCGCCGCCAUGGAACUGCUCGCGAACCAGGACAUUUGCCAGAGCCUCCUCGAGAUGAGCCCUCCGAGCACAGCGCAUGCGCUGAGCGUCGUCGUCCUCUCGACCCACGGCCUCUGCGCGUAUGGCGAAGACGAUCUCUUGUGGCGGCGGCUGGCGCAGGCCCACUUUGGCGAGGCCAACCCUGCGAUCGUGGCGCAGGUGGCGCUGCCACCACCGCCGUGCAAGGUGCCGCUCUCGCCCACGUGCAACGCCUUUCUCGAGACGUGCGUCGAGCACGCCAUCUUUGCGUCGCUGCAAGUCGUCUCUGGCGACAUUGGCCGCGUCACGAGCAUUGGCACGACAAAACUCGACUGCCUCAUCUUCCCGUCCAACUCGUCGCUGCUGAGCUUUGGCAUUGGCGCGGCCGGCGCCGUCUUCAACCGUGCAGGAAAGGAGCUCACGGUGCUGCUACGAAGCCCCGAGUUUCGCAACACGCGGCGGUAUGUGGCGGACGCGGUCGCGACGCCAGGGUUCGACGCCGGCGUCGACCACUUGAUCCACUGCGUCGGGCCCUCCACGAACCGCCCCGACUGCGCAGCGACCUUGUACCGUACGUACUUUAACGCGUUUGAGCGCGCGCGCGAGGUCGGCGCCACGUGCAUUGCGAUCGCGUCCAUCUCGACCGGGUCCCUCGGCUUUCCGGUCCACGAAGCCGCGACCAUUGCGAUGCGCGUGUACCGCGACUACAUCAAGGCUGUGCGGUGGCGCGCGCAGCUUGCGUUUGUCUGCUACGAAGACCGCGUCUUGGACGCGAUGACGCGCCAGCGUGACGCGAUCCUCGCUGAGUUCAACGUCGGCAGCCUCGAGAUGCCGACCGCUGAGCUGCGACGAGCGCCGUGA